GGCGGCCUCAAGCAAGCCAGGUCCCAGCCCCACCCCACACCGCUCCUCCCUCCUUCCCUCGCAGUCCCCUGCCAAGCUCCAGUCCUCUCGCCUCCGAUACCUGCGGCGCCACAGCUGGAGAGGGGCUCCGAGCACCAUGGCUCCUACCUACCCUAAGGCCCCCACAGCUUGGCGCCUGGCCCGGGGUUGCUGGUCUGCAUUCUGGGACUACGAGACGCCAAAAGUGAUCGUGGUGCGCAACCGGCGCCUGGGGGUCGUGUACCGUGCGGUGCAAUUGCUCAUCCUGCUCUACUUUGUGUGGUACGUGUUCAUCGUGCAGAAGAGCUACCAGGACAGCGAGACAGGCCCUGAGAGUUCCGUCAUCACCAAGGUUAAGGGGAUCACAGAGUCUGAGCACAAAGUGUGGGACGUGGAGGAGUAUGUGAAGCCCCCUGAGGGGGGCAGCGUGUUCAGCAUCAUCACCAGGAUUGAGGUCACCCCCUUCCAGACCCUAGGUGCCUGCCCAGAGAGCAUAAGGGUACCCAAUGUAACCUGCCGCUCAGAUGCCAACUGCACGGCUGGGGAGCUGGACAUGCUGGGCAAUGGGCUGCGGACGGGGCGCUGUGUGCCCUACUACCAUGGGGCCGCCAAGACCUGCGAGGUGUCCGGCUGGUGCCCAGUGGAGGACGGGGCCUCAGUCAGCCACUUCCUAGGUAAAAUGGCCCCAAACUUCACCAUCCUCAUCAAGAACAGCAUUCACUACCCCAAGUUCCAGUUCUCAAAGGGCAACAUUGCACACCGGGAGGACGACUACCUGAGACACUGCACCUUCGACCAGGGUUCCGACCCCUACUGCCCCAUCUUCCGGCUGGGCUUCAUAGUGGAGCAGGCGGGGGAGAACUUCACAGAACUGGCACACAGGGGCGGUGUCAUUGGGGUUGUCAUCAACUGGGACUGUGACUUGGACCUGCCUGCAUCCCAGUGCAACCCCAAGUACUCCUUCCGGAGGCUGGACCCCAAGCAUGUCCCUGCCUCCUCGGGCUACAACUUCAGGUUUGCCAAGUACUUCAAUAUGAACAGCACCAUCACCCGCACACUUAUCAAGGCCUAUGGGAUUCGCAUUGAUGUCAUCGUGCACGGUCAGGCAGGAAAGUUCAGCCUGAUACCCACCAUCAUCAACCUGGCCACUGCUUUGACCUCCAUUGGGGUGGGCUCCUUCCUGUGUGACUGGAUCUUGCUAACAUUCAUGAACAAAAACAAGGUCUACAGCCAUAAGAAAUUCGACAAGGUGUGUACACCACAGCAGUCUUCAAGCAGAUGGCCGGUGACACUUGCCCUUGUCUUAGGCCAGGCCACUCCCCCACCUGGCCAGCAGGGCCCACAAAGGGCAGAGCCAGGCGAGGUUGUUAGGCCCCCGCCCAUCUCUGCCAUGUCUGAUCAGAUGGUGAACACCCCUGAUCAACAUAUAGGACAAGGGCUCCCCACCUCUGGGUCUCCCCAUCAGGACUCCAUACCCACAGACCCCAAAGGCUUGGCCCAACUCUGAGCUUCCAGUCCUCACUGUGCUGCAGACCUGGGCCCCAAACAGAGGGACCCCUUCCCCUAGCCGAGGUCUGAAGGGCAGACACAUUUCUGCCGACUCAAGUCCUCCCUGCCCACCACUGUCCUCUGAUACACCCUGGGUGAUACUACAUCAGAGCUGAGGGGCUUUCCCCCACCCCCACCUCAAUAGUCCUUUAAUUCUGCCCAAACCCUUCCCUUGGAAGC